AUGUAUAUUAUUUACUUUAUGCUGGUUCUCGUCACAUCAGUGUGUGGACAGAAAGAAGGGGAUACGUGUACAGACCAGUACACCACCGCCGCUGGCAUUUGCAAGCCGGUGGAAGUAUGCGAAACAGCUAAACAAGAUUUACAAGAAAGCGGUAUUCAGCCCACGUUUUGUUCGCCCACGGUCUCUGGAAAUGCUGUGGUAUGUUGCAGAGAUGGGCUUAAAAUCUUCGACACUCCAGCCACAGCACGUACGAGGGAUUUUCCAUCUUGGGGCUUUGAGGAGGGAAAGAGGAUCAGUGAAAAAAAAUGUGAGGAAUACAGCCGGGGAGUGGUCAAAAGGGUGGACUAUCUGCUCCUCCUCGUGAAACCAGAAAUUUUCUCUAUAUCAGUGGACAAGUGUGACAACCGUCCUGUCUCUCUCCCCGCGCAGAUAGCUGAACUAGGGGAAUUCCCACACAUGGUUGCUUUAGGAUGGAAGGAUCUUACGAAAAAAUACAAGUUCAAGUGUGGGGGGAGCCUCAUAAGCGAAAGAUUUGUCCUAACUGUUGCUCAAUGUAGCAGGGUUAUUCCUACUAAGGAGGAUCCCCCUGAUAGUGACCAGCCGGUCGUCGUCAGGCUUGGAGACCUGAAUUUAGAUGACAGUGUCAAAGAUGGUGUCACUCCAGUUGAUGUACCCAUCCGUCAUUUCCACACGCACCCUGAUUAUCGUCCCCCAAAAAGGUACAAUGACAUCGGUCUAGUUGAGUUGGAGAGAGAUGUAGAAUUCAACUCCUAUAUCCGACCAGCUUGCCUCUGGACCAGCCCUGACUUGUCAGGGUACGACAAAGUAAUUACUACUGGCUGGAGCCUUAUAAAUAGAAACAAAACCGACCACGAGAAAUACCUACAGAAAGCUUCAAUUAAUUUAAUAGAAAACAAUUACUGUAAUUCAUUUAUAACAUCAAAGAGGAUGGGCUUAAACGACUCCCAGAUGUGUGCUGGAGAAUUGAAUCAAGAAUGGGAUUCUUGUUUGAAUGAAAGCGGUUCCCCACUUCAGGUGGCAUCAAAGGAGAAUCUAUGCAUCUUUUAUGUGCUAGGAAUUACAUCUUUCGGAAAACCCUGUGCAACGUAUACCUCACCUGCAGUGUUCACCAGAGUUUCUAGCUACCUGGACUGGAUUGAGGGAAUUGUAUGGCUAGGCAAAUAG